AUGACUGUGGCUCAGGUUCACAUGGGUAAGGCUGCUGUAGAUUUAUCUAUAUCUAUACGGCUGAAACAUGAAUCAUUUUCCUCCAUGAUACAUCUCUUUCUUUUGUUUGCCACCCUAGACGUUGUGUUUUCUCAGACUUCAGUAGGUAAUUGCAUUCUUGAUAUCAAAAGCUCUUCCUCCACAAAAGAAUCAAAUUGUGAAUUGGGCAACUGGGGUGGUUUCAUCAACGACAGUUGUUGUGGAGGAGCCUUUGAAGAGUACCUUUAUGCAUUGGGGCGGCAGGCAAACCUUACGAAAGCCAUUUACCUAAAUUCCACAGAACAAAACAACUGCUUAACAGUAAUGGAAAGAUUUGAGAAACAUAUAUUUGGCUGUGGCAUUCAGAAGCUAACAAGUGGUGCUGGUGGCUGUUCUGAUUAUACUGUCACGGAUGUUGUUGAUAAGCUAGGAGCUAGAUUAAAACAUUUACAAGAAGACUGUAAGACGUUAGGCUCUGGUGGCAGACUGAAUCAAUCCUGCGGUACAUGUUUGAGAAGAUGGGAAGUGAUUGGCGGAUCAUCAGACUACAAACAGGAGUCUGCUGAUGUGUGUAGAUUUGCAGUACUGGUGUCCAUGAUAAGCUACAGAAUUGAUGAUGAGAACUGGGUCUAUGCAGUAUUUCAAUGCCUCAGAGAGCGGGCUUUUUCCUUAGAUGAACAUGGAGGCAGAGAUCGCCUAGGUAUCAAUAGGGCAGGUUUGUGGAUUCUAAUUGGUGGGUUAGUGGGAGCUAUGGUAGUUGUAGCCAUUGCUGCGUGGAUCUUCUUCGGAAAAAGGAAAGAAGAAAGUCUCCCUGCUCGGAAAGAUGAAUCGGAUGAUUCAUUCUCUGAGCAGUCUGGAUCGCUGAAGAUUUCGAUGAAAGAACUUUAUUCAGCAACAAACUACUUCAAUCCUUCAAACUUCAUUGGCCAAGGCAUAGCUGAUGCUGAAGGAUUGAUGAAGAUCUGUAUUGCCAUCGUGUUAAUCAAGUCUUUUACUUUUGCUGUAGGAAAUCCUAAGAGAGGAAAGGUGUAUAGGGGUCUUCUCUCAAAUGGUCUGCAUGUUGCGGUUAAGCACAUAAUCAAUGAUGGACAAAUAGAAACUUUUGUCAGGGAAGUUAGAAGCCUAUCUCAUAUCAGGCAUCCAAACCUUGUAGCUUUGCUUGGCUAUUGUGAGAGAGAAGAUGAAUGCUUCCUAGUCUAUGAACUGUGCCACAAUGGGAACCUCUCAGAGUGGCUGUAUGGAAAGGAUAAAGUUCUGUCAUGGAUUCAAAGACUCAAGGUUGCAAUGGACAGUGCAAGGGGCCUCUGGUUUCUCCACACUUAUCCAGAAGGCUGCAUUGUUCAUCGUGAUAUCAAGCCAACAAAUAUCCUUAUCAAUGAUAAAUUUCAAGCAAAACUUGCAGAUUUCGGAUUGUCUAAAGUUAUGGACCUAGGUCAAUCCCAUGUAAGCUCAGAAGUGAGAGGAACAUUUGGUUAUGUCGACCCUGAGUACCGUCGAAACAACCGAGUGAACGCCUCUGGUGAUGUUUACAGUUUUGGUAUUGUACUUCUACAACUUUUGUCAGGGCAGAGGGUGCUUAAUCUGAACCUGGACAGACCAUUGCCUCUAAGUAAAAUGGCAAAAAACCUCACUAGAGGGGGUGACAUUACCAAAUUUGCAGACCCUAAACUUAACGGGGAAUACCCAUUAGAAGCCUUUGACCUCGUACUCAAGCUAGCUUUGUCAUGCACAGGGAUAAAGCAGGAAAGGCCAACCAUGGAGCAAGUGGCAUUAAUACUACAAAAAGCACUUAAUAUCAGAAUACAACCAAAGCCAGUUGCAUCCCGUGGAACAAUCAUAUAUUAA